AUGGCCCCGACGCGCAAGGAGAAUGCUUCGCCAUGGUAUUGCAAGUGGUGCAGGCAUGACGUCACGAAUCAGCCGUGGUUCAACGCCUCCACCCUGGUGUACUGCAAGAAGUGCGGCCUGCACAAGAGCAACUGUUUCAAGGAGAACAAAGCAGCGUCGCAGCCCAGCGUCUCGGCCAAGCAGCAGUCGCUCGCGGCCAAAGUCAAGGAGCUCGAGGCGCAGCUCGCCAAGCUCCGCGAGCAUCCCCCUGGGCAAGGGCCAGCGGCUACCAUCCAGGCCACUCGCGACGAGCAGCAGAGGAAGAUCGACGAGCUCACCCGCGGCCUGGCCGACACUGACUCCAAGUUGCAGGAGGCGGCUGCCGAGGUCCUCCGCCUGGAGCAGCAGACUCGCGCCGCCAUGUCGCGAGUCCAGCCGCCCGAGGGCACCCAGCCACCGACGUUGGCGGACUUGCUGCCCACCUUCGCGGUCAGCGUGGAGCAGCUGGGCAAGGUUGCAUCGGGCCUCGGUCUCGGCGCUGACAUGGUCAAGGAGCUGCAAGCUAUGGCCAACACGGUCAGCAAGCUGCAGAAUAUGCCGCAGGCCAAGCCGCCUGAACCUACACCUGCCCAUGAUGAUGAGGAUGGUGAUGAGUCUUGCGCUGAGCCACCCGACAUCGAGAUGUCAGAGCAGGAGUACCGUGAGACGCUGGGUGCAGCAGGGGUCCAAGUCGAGGAGAGCGACACCCCUGACAUCGUGCGUGAGAAGUUCAAGCGCCUUCAGCAGAGCUACUUGGACACUGUGGCCAAGAAGGGCUACUCCGUCUACGCCUACGCGGUUGGCCCCUGGCAGCACGCACUGCUCACCGACCUCACCUUCGGGGAUUGCACGGAGGCGAAGGUGCAGCCAAUGCAUGCAGUAUCUCAGCCGCAGCUCAAGGGCCUCAUCACAACGGUGAAUGCUACGAGCUACGGCGGCAUCAUAGUCGCCAGUGUGUAUCUUGUCACGUCCAUUGGCAUAUCGGGCGAGAACAUUGAGGUGCUGUGGGCCCUGGCACAGAGAGUGGCAGCAUGGAACUCACGGGGCCUCGACUGGAUCCUAGGUGGCGACUGGAACUCCGACAUCGAUGCGCUCAAUGUUCGCAACUGGGUCGAGACCAUGGCAGCCGCCCACUACGUGCCCGACCAGCACACCUGCAUCACCGACGAGGGCAAGAGCACCAUAGACUAUUUCGUCGUCUGUGCCAAUCUAGCGUCUCGCAUCAAGGGCAAGCCAGAGGUCCAGUAUGACUCCACGGUCGUGCCGCCGCCGCAUUUCCCUGUUGAGCUGCAGCUCAUGGGAGAGGAUCGCCCCACGUGGUGCCGGGUCCCUGCGGAGCCGCGCCCCUUCGCGGUGGUGCCGCCAGUUGGCUGUGCUAGAUAUCCCUACCCGUGGCACAGGCUCCAGACAGAGUUCCAACGGGUCAGCUGUGCCGACGAUCUGAGCCUGCUCUGGGACUCCGUGCUGCGAGGGGUGGACUACGAGCUGGCAGGGCGUUACGACUGUGUGGGUGCUAAGGCCAUGCAGUACAUUGGACGCGAGGGGCCGCCGCAGUUCAAGUGGCAGCACUUGUCAUGGCAGCCGCCACGCAGGCGUACCUACAAGGAGCCGACCGUGCUGGCCUGGGCCACGGCGAAGCGAUGGGCCCAGCACCUUGUGGCGGAGAAGAAGCGGCUGGCGAGGUACAUCGAGCGCCUCAAGCUCUGUGCUGCCGUGUGUGACAUCACGCCGCUGCAGUACACUAAGGUCGCAGUGGCUUUCAACGAGCGCACGGCCAGUAUUGCACCCUCUAUCACGCCACGCACGCUCAUGGACGAUGUGGGUUUGCAGUACGUGUCGCCCGUAUUGAGGGAAGUGUCCAACCUGGCCCGAGCGGCCAAGGCGUUCACGUCGGAUGCAGGAGAUCUUGGGAUGGUCCUGAAGCCGCCGAAGUCUGGAUGUAUCCCUGGGAACCAAAAGGUUUGGGGACAGCUCAAGAGGCACCUGGGAACCUUGAAGAUCCCGUACAGGGCCCACAUGAGUUUGGCAGCUGGGCUGAAGCAGCACAAGCAGGUCCUGCACUAUGUGUCGUGGGCGGCCCUCCAGGUUGUGCAGUUUCGGAAGUGGGGAGCUGACCCUGUCGUGGUGCACGACCCAGAGCUCGCCCAGGAGAUCUCGGGGCUGAGCUCGGACAUCGAGACGGCCACCGCGCAGCGCGACAAGGAGAGGACGGACUUCGAGAACGCGGAGGCAGAGAUGACCCAGGCCAUCGAGGCACUUUCCAAGGCACUCCAGGUCCUCAGGGCUGCCACCGCGGACCACACGACGGGCGUGCUGGCAGAGGUCAGAGUCCAGGCUGGCCAGCGGGCCAACCACGAGGCAAAGGAGCUGUCGAUUCGGCAGCGCGCGGUGGAGCUCGGCGACCGCUUCCUCGGCAAGGAUGCCCUGCGCCCUUCCUCGAGAUUCGAGCCUGGCCCGGGCCUCCAUGUGGCGCGUCUUCGCGCCUUUCACCAUCGCGACGAAUCGCGCGUGACCCGCGGGUCGCUGCAGCUGGUGCCAGAGCCGAGCUCGAUCGAGUGUUACACCACUCGCCUGCCCAUCACGCACUAG